AUGUCAAGCUUGCAAGACAAGGCGAAUCAAGGUACGAGACGGAAACCGAAGAGCAGGAGUCGAAAGGGCAGUGAUGAUACCGAGAGUGGAGAGUCGCAGAGUCGCAGUCCCGAGAUCGAAGAACAGAGGACGCGACCAGAACAACCUCUAGUCUGGACGAACGACAAUCAGAAUAGUCAUGAUGCCGCUCAAGCAACGCAACGGACACUCCUAGCAGCAGGACAAAAAACUCCAUUGAGGGCGCCGCCUAGACCAAGCCCUUCGCCGGAGAGGCAAGCGACAUCAUCUUCACACCACACCAAUCCUCCUACACCCACAGACCAAGGAGCCUCCACAGACUUCCUCGAAGCACUACGACCAUUCCUCGCCGAAACAUCAGAAGCCUCGCCCCUCAAAAUAGCCACCCAAGCAGUCUCCCUCUCCACCAUGGCAAAGCAAUCCUGCCAUCAACACCUCCUACCACAAGCCCAGAAUCAAUACACGCGAGCCCUCCACGCCCUCCAAGAAGACCUCAAAAAUCCCCAUCUCACCCUCUCUGACGCAACACUUCUCACCGUCCUGACCUUCGCUCUCUACGAGUCUAAUUGCCAAUGUACUUCCCCGCAGCAAUCCAUGGCAGCAUGGGCGAAACAUAUCGACGGCGCGAUCACACUCCUCAAAUCUCGUGGUCUCGAACAAUUGAAUGAGAGUUCAUCGUAUCGGAUGUUCCGCGCGAUACGGGGACAGAUUCUCGCGGGCGUGGGACCGAGGGCUCAGCGGGUUUUCGGGACGAUUGGGUAUGGGGCUUGUAGUGGGGAUGAAGCUGGGAAUGGGAAUGCUGUUGCUGUGAGGAUUAGGGGGAUUUUAAGCGGGUGGCAGGGGUAUUUGGCGAGGUGGGAGUGCUGGGUUGAGGGAGGGUGA